UCUAACUGCAGUUAGCUCAAGAGUUUCGUACGUGACUUUUUGGAAGGUCUGAGUGUGUCUCGCAUAGUGUGAUUGUUCACGCAAGUGCGCAACAAAUAUCGCUAAUAAUAAUUGUCCUUUGGAAUACUUAAAAAAUCAUCAUGAACAUCCUUAUAUUACUACUCGGUCUGACGACGAUGGCGUACGCACAGUUCAACAGGUUCACGACUCCACCGACGCAGUAUUACAAUCCUAAUUACUAUGGCCGGCCUUUUUACGCUAUACUGCGACAAACGCAAGACUCCGCGCCGGACGGAUCGUAUUCUUACAGCUAUGACACAGAAAAUGGUAUUUCCGUAGCAGAGACAGGACAGCCGAAAAAUAUUGGGCCAAAUCAAAUCGAGGCGGUCAGAGGUCAAUAUAGUUAUACGGCUCCAGAUGGUACUCCGAUCGUGGUCACUUACACAGCCGAUGAGAAUGGUUUCCUGGCGAGUGGCGCCCAUCUACCGACACCGCCGCCAAUACCAAUAGAGAUACAACGGGCCCUGGCACACAAUGCGGCUCAUCCCGAAGAGGAGGAACCUUAUAGGAGAUAUUAAAAAUAUCUAUGCUAAGACUGCUCCCAAUGCUUCAAUAUAUCGAUGUGGAAUGAUAUCGCGGUUAUCGCUUCUCGGAUAUUGAUGAUAUUCUGCUGUAAUAUUAUUCGUAUCGUUAUCUAUGUGUGCUAUUCAGCAAGAAUAUAGUGUCACAGUGAAUCAUCCUUGUUGUUUGCUAAUAUUAAACAAGAAUGAAAUGAUUUACUGUAUCACACUGUGUCCUUGUUAAAAAAUGCUGCAUGGAAGAUUCUUAAUUCAAAGCGGGUAGUUUAAUCUUCGCUAUUGAUUCCGGGAUGAACGUUAAUAUAAAACAAAUGUUAAGCAUCCUUUAUUUCGGAUACGGUCAAUCGCACAUAUGGUUGCUAUGAUUAUUAUAUCGAUGAUCAAAUAGUCGAGCAGUAUUAUAAUGUUUUAUUUUGUGCGUGUAAGAUUUGUGCGGGCACGAUUAGGAGACGGUGGAACGUGAGAUCAAUGAGUAAGCGAAGUCAGAAAAAAAGAUAAAAACAAUAAAUUUUUAUUCUUUAUAUAGUUAGUAUAA